AUGCAGGACGACACUAUCACCGAACGCUGGAUUCACCUAGCAUUCUCGUGGGCUAGUAAAGCGUUCACAUUGGAUGUUGCUGAAUCUGAUAGGGUUUUUGAUUUGAAAGCUGCAUUGUUCAGCCUGACGAAUGUACCACCAGAACGGCAGAAGAUCCUCGGACUGGUCAAAGGAAAGUUACCCCCAGAUGAAGAACGCGUAGGUAACCUCAAACUUGUCAGCAGUAAGAAAUUUACUCUAGUGGGUACACCGGAAGGACACGAGAUCAAGGACCCUUCGCAGGUGGAAUUCCUGCCAGAUAUACUCAACGAUCUUGAUGUCGACUUUUCUAUGGACCCCGCCGCUGCGAUCCAAUACCAAAAUGAUCAGCGGAAUAUGAGAAAAAUUCGCGAGGCCACGAAGAGGUUGAAUGUGAAUAUCAUUCACCCUCUUCGUGAAGGAAAACGCUUGCUGGUCUUGGAUAUCGAUUAUACCAUAUUAGACACGAAACCACUGACUUCUGGCGCUUUACCGCCAGCGGAAUGUGCUCGGCCACGACUGCACGAGUUCCUCUCUGCGAUAUAUCCGUACUACGACAUCUGCAUAUGGUCUCAGACCAGCUGGAUUUGGCUAGAGACCAAGCUCGUUGAGCUCGGAAUGUUGGGCACCGACCGGCCGUACAAGGUUUCAUUUGUCUUGGAUAAGACAUCUAUGUUUACCGUCUUCUCAACACGAGAAGGCAAGACGUAUACCCAUUCCGUCAAGGCUCUCCAGAUCAUUUGGAAUCGCUUUCCUCAGUUUAAUGCACAGAACACUAUUCACGUAGAUGAUUUGGGCCGGAAUUUCGCCCUCAAUCCGAAGCAAGGACUCAAGAUUUCAGCGUUCAAGGAGGCUCAUACCCCGCAGGCCAUGGCUGAUCGUGAGCUCGACAAGCUCGCACGAUACAUGGUUCAUAUCGCCGAUGUCGAUAAUUUCCAAGCACUGGACCAUAAGGAUUGGAAGCGUGUCGUGCGCGCACUGCAUCCUCCCUCAUAG